AUGUCUAGGAGCACAUGCACUUCUCCUUGUACUCCUCAGAGCCCACAAAAGGCCGGGAACUACUUCUUUAGCGCCCCUUCAAGCCCUACUAACUCUUCUCCGUUCAUUAAUCGUCAAGUCUCUUUCGCCUUCGACGCGAUCGCCAAAAGCCAAGAAUCUGAUCAUGAGAUGCAUAACCAUGAGCACUCUGAUGAGGUUGAUGAAGAUGCGCCGGUUGAUAGCGCGAAUCUUGACCAUAGUAUUGCGAAGAAAUAUUUCUCGUUUAAUUUUUAUGUUAAUGACAAUGACGGUGAUGAUGACGGUGACGAGGAUGGUGAUGAUACUGCAAGGACUAAAGAGGAAGAGUUCGAGUUUGAUUUCGUUGCGGCUACUCAAGAUGGUGGUGAUGAUGGGAGUACUAGAGAAGAUUUCACGUUUUCUCCGACAAUUAAUCAGCUCUCUAAGGGCGGCGCGAUCAAGUUUUUGGAGCCGGUGCCCAAGAAAACCCUUCAAAAUGCGGUUUCGUUUCGUCAGAGGAAGAAAUAUUAUUCGGAUUCUAGUACAAAAUCAACAGAGAGAGUAAUUCAUAACUCACCUAACUAUGUGAACGGAAGGAAUUUAAAAAAGUCGCCCAAGACACUUAAAAUGGUAUCAGAGCGGGUCAGUACCAAAAAAAGCUGCAAGGCCUCGUCCUCGACUCCGAGAUCCGAGGCCUCGCAACAGGUCAUCAGUAUGGAAAGGAAUUCGAGUUCAAGCGCGAGCUGGUUAGUAAGAUGGAAGCUGCCUGAUUUGUUGUUCCGUAGUGCCUCGGAAGGGGAUGUCACGAAAAAGAAAUACGAGGCCGAGGGAAAAAACGUGAACGAGAACGCGAAAAUGUCGAGAGGCGGCAGCGGUGGAGGCGGAGGGAGUCGGAAAAAGAAGGAGAAGGUUUCGGGGCAUGAGUUGGUUUAUCAGGUCAACCGUGCGGCGGCGGCGGAGAUGAGGAGGAAGACUUUCUUGCCGUACAAGCAAAACCUCAUGGGUUGCAUGGAUAAUUCUAUGAUACUUGAGCCAUCAGUUAGAGGAAUCAAUAGCUCGCAAGUGAGACGUUAA